AUGGCCAACCUACUUCGUACCUCUCUGUUAAAGUCUUUGCUCAAGUCUUCUUCCUUGGCUCAGACACGCAAAGUGCGUUCGGCGUCCUUAAUACAACAGGUGCCUGUGAGAAUUAACACUUUGCCUUCAGGCAUUCGCGGUUUCUCCGCGACCCGUUUUCGGUCGUUGCCCGCUGCUUCAAUUGACAGAGAAUUGGCUUCAAAACUGACUGACGAACUCAAAUAUGAGAAAGAAAACGAAACUUCCGUACAAACUCCCGAUUUCAUAAAAAACUUUCUUUCCCAAAACUCCUUCAAAAUAGAAGAUAAACCUGGCGCAAACGAAGUCGCGCUGACGAGAACGUUUGGCAACGAAAGAAUCCGUUUGCUUUUUGAUAUCAAUACUUCCGAACAGUCAGAUCAAAGCUCGUUUGCUGGGGACGAGGAAGACGAAGAAGACGGCGCCGGUAAAGGUGCCCUAGGAUUCGAGUCAUUAGUCGCCGAUGGUGUUUUCCUUAUAAAUUACGUGUCAUACUACCACGAUGCUAAACUGGCAGGCGAUUGGACGGCUGAGGCUGAUUGGAAACGAAGGGGCUACUAUCCAGGCCCGCAAUUUGAAACCUUGGAUAAUGAUGUACAAGUUCUUUUUGAAAAGUAUUUGGAAGAACGAGGUAUAAACACUGCUGUGGCUCUAUUCAUUCCAAAUUACGUUGAAUACAAAGAACAAAAAGAGUAUGUUUCGUGGUUGGAAAACGUGAAAAAAUUUAUCGCAUCACCAUAG